AUGUGUCUGAAUCUGGCCGCCGGACUGAAUCAGGAUGAGGUUGCGGCCCUCAGGCAGGCCUGGCUCGACCACCAGGUAAUCUAUCUACCAAAUCAGCCACUCGAACAUGACCAGUUGGAGCGGUUCACUCGCUGUUUUGGCGAGCACGGCAACGACCCCUAUGUGAAAGCCAUUGAUGGCCACCAGCAUAUUCUCGAAGUUCGACGCGAACCAGAUGAAGAAGUUGCCCCAUUUGGUAGCGGCUGGCAUUCAGACUGGUCGUUCCAGAGUGAGCCGCCCGCAGCCACCAUUCUGCACGCCAAAAUUGUGCCACCUCAUGGUGGAGAUACCCUGUACGCAGACGGGUUUCGCGCCUUUGAAGCACUGGACCCCGUCUUUGCUGCGGAGCUUGAGACACACAUGACCGUGCACUCCGCACGCAUGCCUUACAGCCAUGAAGGAUAUAUAAAAACCGGCAGUGACAAACGCAAAGGUAUGAAAAUCCUGCCCAACGACAAUGCCUGGGACACUCAGCUUCAUCCUUUGGUACGCACCCACCCUGAGUCCGGACGCAAAGCUUUAUGGGUUAAUCCGGUUUACACCAUCGGCAUCGACGGUAUGGGAGAAACCGAGGCACAAGCUCUGCUGGCAAAACUGUUUGAACAUUUCCUUAGGCCAGAAUUUAUCUACACACACAAGUGGUCUGCGAAUAUGUUAACCAUGUGGGAUAACCGCUCAGCCUUACAUUGUGCCCAGGGUGGAUACGAUGGCUACCAGCGCGUGAUGCACCGCACCACAGUUGCUGGAACGGUUCACCGCUCGCAAAAGCACUAUUUUUGUGCAACAGUCUUGCGCAAUAAAUACGAUGAUUUCGAGACCAUGACCCAGCGCAUCACGCUUCUAACCCUGCUUUUCAGUCUGCUGUGCACCCAGGCGGUUCACGCUGUAGAUGAGCAAUAUCUGCCACGCGAUCUGCGCAGUCGCAUCGAGCAGUUGAAGCUCGACGUGAAUCGGGUGCCGACCAACUCAACCAACGCCGACGCACGUGCGCGCCUCACCUGGGAGUGGAUCAACGCCUACGCUGUCAACGGUGGCUAUAUUCCUGUUAACAGCACUCAGAUCAUAGCCAGGAUUCUGAGUGAGGAUGACAAGCGCCAGAACUGGUUCAGCGCCCUGGAUGCCACGAUAGCCGAAUUCAUUUUCCUGGACGAAAACCCAAACGCGCUGGGGCCGUUAGAGGCCACACCCGGACCUUUCACAGCUGGGGAGAUGGAUACCAUCACGCAAACCUACACGGUAGGCGCCCAGGAUAUACAGACAGGUGGCGGAUUUCUUAUCGCACGCCAUUUCAUGGCGAACUUUGGCACAUGGCAGGCCAACGACCCUGCUGCAGACCACUACAUCAGCAUCAGCAGCAGCAACUCACGGGUCAGAUUUGUCACCACUACCGCCCCGAUGAGUGGCAUGCAUGGGGGCUUCCGCAAUACGCGCGCGACACUGCUGUUUAGCGUUGCUUCCGGGACUUUGUCAGAGGGAGAUAUUGUCACCAUAACCUACGGUGAUCGAUCAGGUGGCAGUCGUGGUUUAAGCAUGCCCUCUUUUGCCAGUGACGCCAUGCCCCUGCCUAUCUACCUCGCUUUCAGCGAUGACGCGCCCUACUACAGCCUGCCCAUUGCACCUAUCCAGAUCAAUGGCAGCAGCAUUGAUGGCGUUGCAGGAUUUGCACCUUCUAUUGUUGCACCUGGUGAACCUUUCACCUUAUCCCUGCGCGCCCGAGACCGCUUUUUUAACCGUGCAACCGGUGGCAUUCCCGAUUGGCAGAUCUCCAGAAACGGCGAGGCCUGGAUCAAUGUUGAAAGUACCGGCGCGAUCACACUGGUUGAAACCGGUAUAGAUGAACCUGGCACUUACUUCCUGAGUAUUAAGAGUUCAGACGGCACCGUCUCAGGCGAGGUAAAUCCGAUUGUUGUAACCAGCAACGAUCUGCCGCGCAUAUUCUGGGGAGACACCCAUGGCCACUCCGGGUUUGCCGAAGGCAUUGGCACCCCUGAUCGCUUCAUGCGAUGGGCCAGAGAUGAUGCCCGCCUGGACUACGUGACCCAUUCUGAACACGAUAUCUGGCUCGACGAUUCAGAAUGGACAACACUUAAAGACAAUGUGCAGGCAUUCACUAAAGAAGGUGAAUUCAUUGCCUACCUGGGUUACGAGUGGAGCGUAAACACCACUAGUGGAGGCCACCACAAUGUAUUGUUCCGUACACCAGAGCAGCGCAGCCGCAUCCCAGCACAGUUUUACCCGACUUUAUCGAAGCUUUAUCAGGGUUUGCGUUCAACUGCAGAGCCCGAAGAUGUUGUGGUGAUCCCCCAUGCGCAUCAGGCUGGCGACUAUCGAAUCAGCGAUCCUGAACUGGAACCACUGGUUGAAAUCAUGUCGCAACACGGCAACUUCGAAUGGUUUGGCCGUAUGUAUCUUGAGCAUGGGCAUCAGGUCGGAUUUACGGCCGCCUCAGAUAACCACCUGAGCCAGCCGGGGUAUUCUGCACCCGUUGGCGGCUCCCUCUCCCAACGCGGUGGAUUAGGUGCGGUGUUAGCCAAGGCGCGCACCACCGAUGCCAUAUUUGAUGGGAUGAAAAACCUGCAGGCUUACGCCACCACCGGCGACCGGAUCAUUCUCGAUUUCAAUGUGAAUGGCACCCCGAUGGGCCAGCGCGGCGACUUUUCAGAAACACGCCAGAUCAGCGGUAAAGUCAUCGGCACUGCGCCCAUCGACACCAUCUCGCUGAUUAAAAACGAUAAGGUGCUGUGGGAAAAAGAUUAUCUACACGACAAAGAAGACAAAUUGUCUAAACGCGGCAGUUACCUGCUGACUUUUGCGUCUGCUUCCCAUCCACAUCAUCAUCAUGAUAAUCCACGUGGCUGGCGCACCUGGGAAGGUACGCUUGAGAUUGAAAAUGCGACCCUCGACGAGAUAACACCCGUUGAUACCAGUUUUCCCCUACAGCGAAUAACCAGGGCGCAAGACAACCCCAAUCGGCUGACGUUUUCGACCAAGACCCGUGGCGACGGCAGCUCGUAUCUGCUGCGUUUGAGCGACGUGCAACGCACUUCAAGGCUGAGAUUUGAUCUCAUUGAAGCAGCGGAAACCGGUGGUGCACCGACAAUCUAUCGUCCGCAUCAACGCAUACCCGCUGACACCUUCACGCUGAAUUUUAAAGAUUUAGAGGAAGGCCGCCUGGCGCACGAACAGACCACAGAUGACUACGUAGACACAACUACACUUCGACGCAUCAUUGAAGACGGAGAACGAGAAGUGAGCUUCGAAUUCACCGACACAGACACCAGACAAGGUGACUACUACUUCAUUCGAGUUGUCCAGUCCAACGAUGCCAUAGCGUGGUCAAGCCCUGUGUGGAUUGGCGGACACGCGCCAAAAUGA